GGUGAAGAAGAUGGCAAGUCAAAUAGUAGUUGCUUGUCACAAGCAGAGUUAUGUGUAUGCAGUACUUUGUUGUCAAAAAACGGACACCAUCAAAGCGUAUUUGACUUUCUUGAAGGAGGCUAAUGGGAUCAAAGCUAAAGCAGUAGCAGUGUGCCAUACAGAUACCUCGGCUUGGAACCCAAAGCAUUUGGCCUUUCAAGUGCUCAAGGUUAAACCAAGAACUAUUUCGAUUUUCCAUUUCCUUCCUGAGGAUCACAUUGUCUGGGUUCCAAACUGGAUCUAA